AGGUACCAAACCGGUUGGACGUGUGGAACACUGAGAGCGGAGUACCGAACGCGAUGCCGCGUUUGUUUACCGAACUUUUCAAAUUUGAAUUUCGAAUUGAAUGAAUUUUUUUCGUUAUAAAUGCCGAUCACGUCGUCAACGGAAGAGUGAAUGUUAUGCUAUAGUGAAAUAAUAAACAUGUAAAUUGUCGACAGUGUAAGAAUUGAGCUUAAUUCAGUGGCAGUAUGGUGGAUGUUGGUGUUAAUGAGUGUGAUAACACCAUAAAUGGGCGGAACCAAUUUGUGUUUCUAGUAUUUGUGCAUUUGUUACUUAUUGGACUGAAUGGGACAAAUGCCCAAAAUCGAGCGCCACGCAUUAAAGAACACCCAUCAAACACUGUGUCGGGACGCAGUGAACCCGCUACCCUGAGAUGUGUUGUGGAAGGCCGGCCCAAGCCUACAGUGCAGUGGUAUAAGGAUGGAUUACCGCUACCUCCAGCUGAAGAUGGCCAUAGAGUAUUAUUAGAAGACGGUCUGUUGUUUCUGCGAGUAAAUAGAGGUAAAAAAGAGAGCGACGAAGGAGUAUAUUGGUGCAUGGCACGGAAUACUGCUGGCCAAGCCAUAAGUCAUAACGCCUCGCUCAAUGUUGCCGUACUUCGAGAUGACUUUAGGGCGGAACCUAGGGAUCUUAAAGUGGCUGCAGGUGAACCUGCUAUAUUGGAAUGUUCACCUCCUCGAGGUAUUCCAGAACCUUCAGUGCAUUGGGUGAAGGAUCAUCAGAUAUAUGAUGUUGAAGUUAAUGGCAGGGUAACAGUAACAGAUACAGGAAGUUUGAAAAUUCUAGAAACAUUACCCACUGACAAUGGUGUAUACAGAUGUGUCGCUACAAAUAUUGCAGGAGAAAGGCAAUCUAGAACAGCUAGACUAAUUGUUUUAAAGCGUCCGCACUUCAUUGUGAAACCUAAUAAUAUCACUACGUUGGUCGGACAAACUGUGGAAUUUAACUGCCAGAGUUACGAUUCAAAUGUAAAAAUAACAUGGGUCAAAGAAGACGGGUCGCUGCCUUCCCAUGCAUCAAUAAUACGAGGCUUAUUACGGCUAGAGCACGUGUCUGCAAGCGAUGCGGGCAUGUAUUCCUGCCGAGCCGAUAGCCAAGCCGGCAGUAGUAUCACUAGCGCCACACUAACCGUUAACUCAUUACCGCACUUCACACAGAUACCAUCUAAUCUGACCGCAUGGGAGGGUGAUGUGGUGUCUAUUCCAUGUGAAGCCAGAGGUUUACCUACGCCUACAACAUUUUGGAUAUUAGAAGGGAAUCAGGACUCCCUGUUGUUCCCGGAAUGUAUGAAAAGUAAUACAAGCUUACUAUAUCUAGAUGGUGCUAAACCAGAACACAGUGGAAGAGUGAUUUGUACAGCGGUAAAUGCUGCAGGAAGUAUUAUGCAAGAGGCUUAUCUUACUGUUUUAAAGAAGGGUAAUAAUGAUUUGAGGGAACCAUCUUUAGAUAAACAUUCCAGUAUAAUUUACGACAAUGAAGCGCGCAUGACACAAUAUGAGCUUGUUCAAGCAAGAAAGUAUUUGCAACAAAAUGUUUUGGUUAUGCGGAGAGUAGAAGCGUUAUCAUCUACUACGCUAAAAGUUGUCUGGGAUGUGUUAACUGAUUACAACGAAUAUUUAGAAGGUGUAAAAAUUUGGUAUAAUGGAACUACACAAAAUUGGAGGAACAUUACUAGCGAUGAAAUCGCAAUUUUGAACACGUCUCACUCAGGAGCUAUUGUAUGUUCUAAUGGUUCUCUCACAAAUGUUGAUAACAGCGGCUCUUCUAGUUAUAUUUUAACGGGACUGAUGGCAUACACUCAGUACGAUAUAUUUCUGAUGCCGUUCUACAAAAUAUUGCUUGGAAAACCUUCUAAUUUAAUGACAGGAUACACUGACGGGGACGUACCAUCCGCACCUCCCCAAAGUGUGACAGCAGGCGUAAUUAACGCAACUUCAGCGUGGAUACGUUGGGAACCGCCACCUGCGAACACAUGGAACGGGGAGCUUACGGGGUACUUGAUCGAAAUUCGUGUAAGUGGCAAUAGUGGUGGUCGAGUAGUAGGGCAGAUGUCAUUAGGACCUCGUACUAGAGCCGCUGCAGCCAGCUCACUACGCGCUGGUGGACGUUACAGCGCCAGAGCUGCUGCUGUGACGAUCAAAGGACAUGGCCCAUUUAGUGCGCCUGCGCAGAUUCAUAUGUUACCAACGCAAUCACAGAGACAUUAUGUGCAGACAGAGCCUCCACAAGGCGGUAGUAUUCCCCAUAUUUUACAAGAAACAUGGCUACUUGCGCUGGGUCUAAUAUUAUUCUUUGUUAUCGUAAUUGGGGUGUCCAGUGUUUAUUAUAUCAAACGAAGACAUGGUAUGCAGAGGAAAAAAUCUAAUGGUCAAUCGAUUGUUACGGCUCAACAGUGUUUAUUGAAUAAAGACACGAUAUGGUUACGAGAUCGGCCCGUCUUUGCUCCUACAAAUGAUCCCACUUUAGACUUAAGCAGUUGUCACCAGAGUCUUUUGCAUGGUGGCCAAUCAACGAGUAUACUUAGUGUAGAACCAGAGUACAGUCUUCCUCAAAAUUCAAUUCAAGGACUAGAUGCAUCUAGCGUAGAUAGAAUUCGACGUGGCCCUCCCGAGCCAUAUGCGUCCAGUGCUAUUUACACUGAGCUCAACUUUAAGGAUAAUAACGAAAUGGACUUGAGAAAUUGUCCAGAAAGACGAUCCCAUAACAAUAGCAUUGUACGGUCAUGCAACGGAAGUAUACAGUACUCUAACGGAGAAUGCUCCACGUGUUGUCAUAGUACUUCUAGUAGAUCGACCAAAGAUUACAGGGAGCCGAGACAUGAAGUGGUACACAACGAGAUUAACGUUUUGGACGAGGACUGCGUAUCUUGUCAUACCAAUAGAUCAGGCUCCAGGAGUAGACAGGACAAAAGCAAAGUGUGUCCAGCGAAUGAUUUAGAAUACGACUAUCCGCAGUGGCACUGGCUCGGAAGGGAGAACAGUUUCAAAAUUCCCAUGCAGACGAGUAGACAUUCUAAUGUAGCGAGGUCGGAACAGGGCUGCCAAAUAAAUCUAUGUGAUAUACUGCCGCCGCCACCGUAUGAGAGUCCAGAAAAUAAGAACAAUUAAGGAAUGAAAAGUUUAGAGAAAUCAAUAAAACUAGUGAAAUUAACUAAGCAAAGCAAUAAUAAUUUUAACUGUAAGUUAAAUUAUAACUACACUUGUUUCACCGUUGUAUUAAUAUUGUCCAGUUUUAGAGAUAAAUCAAUGUUGUAUGUAGAUAAAGUUAUUCUUAAACUGGUCAUAUAAUAUGUAAUCGUUGUAGUUGCAGUUUUAGUGCUUGUAACAGUAGGUACCGAAUUUUCGAAACUUGUAUCUCGUAACUUAUUCCUAUCAAUAUUCUAGUCACACUGUAUAGGACUAGCUUUACAUUUGAUAAACACUUUAUUUGGUGUAAUAUCUCAGAAAAAUAUAUAAAUUUUGUAUAACUCUGCAAGAACUCAAGGUUGUUUCUAUUUCGAGUACAGUAUGUAGAUUUUAAUACAGACCUAUAUUUCACUGCCAUAUACGGUUAGGAUUACUAGAUUUAGUUUUAUAAUCUUUGACUGUGAUAUUUAUAUAAAAUUGUGUAUUAGGAUUUAAUGUAAUUUUAGACUUUAGAACCUCAUUUACACGAAAUAUUUUUUGUUUUAUCAUAUGAUAUGAUCAAACACAUCAUUACCUAUUUCUGUAAAUAUUAUAUAUUAUUAUUUGUUCUUUGAUGUGAUCACGAAUACAAAUGUGUAACAAAAAGAUUUUAGACCAUAUAAACUUACUCAUGUAUGAAUGUAGUAAUAUGAAAUUUCUUAAAUGUUUUCUAAAAAUUUUAAACGUAAUUCAUAAACAAUUUGUAAUAUCAUAAUCAGAAAUCGAAGUUUGUAAUCGAGAUAUUUUCCGACACACCCUCGUAUUUAUCCAGAAUAAAAAUAUAA